UUGGAACAUAAAGUGCUCACUGCUCUAUUCUUUUUUGCAACUGGAUCUUACCAAAGGCCAGUUGGGAUUGCAAAGCACACGUCUCAAAAAAUGUGCAGUGUGUACAUAGAAGAAGUUACCCAGGCGCUGACACACAAAAAUAUAAUAAAUAAAUAUAUUCGGUUCCCUGACACUCCAGCUGCUCGACAAGCAGUUAGUCAACGUUUUUACAGAAAAUAUGGAAUUCCUGGAGUGGUUGGUUGUAUUGAUGGAAGUCAUUUUAAAAUAGUUGUUCCACCAAAAGAAGAGGAACAUUUGUAUUAUAGUCGUAAGCACUACCAUUCACUUAAUGUUCAAAUGGUAUGUGAUGAUGAAUAUCGAAUUUUAAAUGUGAAUUCCAAGUUUGGAGGUGCAAAUCAUGAUUCCUUUAUAUGGGAAAACAGUGAUUUAAACACAUACAUACAAUCUUUGCACCGAAAUGGAGAAAUUGUCUGGCUUUUAGGAGAUUCUGGAUAUCCCUACCGCCUGUGGCUUAUGACACCAUUUUUAGACGCUGAGUCCAAUAAUUAUAAUGAAAAGCACAUGAGAGCUCGAGUUGUUAUUAAAAACACAUUUUCAAGGUUGAAAAAUCGAUGGAGAUGUCUGCACAAGGAUAGAGUUUUGCAUUACAAGCCCGUAAAAUGUGCACACAUUAUUUUAGCAUGCUCUGUGUUACAUAAUAUAAUUAUUAAUUUUGGUGUUGAGGAUACAGAGGAAAAUAUAGGUAGGUAUCUUAAUUUUAAAUUGAAUUACUAUAAUAUCAAAAGGUUUCAGAGUGUAUUAUGA